CCCAUCAACCACUUCGUGUAUUUGUCCGGAAGAAAAAGGUUGUCGCUCUCUUUAACUUCCUCUUUCCGUCAACCGGGUUUAGUUGACAAUGGGACGUGUGAUCAGGGGACAGAGAAAAGGUGCGGGCUCCGUCUUCAAAGCCCAUGUCAAGCACAGGAAAGGUGCUGCUAAACUCCGGCACAUCGACUUUGCUGAACGUCAUGGCUACAUCAAAGGGAUCGUGAAGGAUAUCAUUCACGACCCUGGCCGUGGAGCCCCCCUGGCCAAGGUGGCCUUCCGUGACCCCUACAGAUUUAAGAAGAGGACUGAGUUGUUCAUUGCCGCUGAGGGCAUCCACACCGGACAGUUCAUCUACUGCGGCAAGAAGGCCCAGCUGAACAUUGGCAACGUGCUGCCCGUGGGCACCAUGCCCGAGGGUACCAUCAUCUGCUGCCUGGAGGAGAAGCCUGGCGACAGGGGCAAGCUGGCUCGCGCCUCCGGCAACUACGCCACCGUCAUCUCCCACAACCCCGAGACCAAGAAGUCCCGAGUCAAGCUGCCCUCCGGCUCCAAGAAGGUCAUCUCCUCCGCCAACAGAGCCGUCGUCGGUGUGGUCGCUGGUGGUGGUCGUAUUGACAAGCCCAUCCUGAAGGCUGGCCGUGCUUACCACAAGUACAAGGCCAAGAGGAACUGCUGGCCACGCGUGCGUGGUGUGGCCAUGAACCCUGUUGAACAUCCCUUCGGUGGUGGUAACCAUCAGCACAUCGGCAAGCCCUCCACCAUUAGGAGGGACGCGCCCGCUGGUCGCAAGGUCGGUCUCAUCGCUGCCCGCCGUACCGGCAGACUGCGCGGAACCAAGACCGUCCAGGAGAAGGAGAACUAAAGCGCUAAUCUUCUUAAUAAAAUGUUGUUCCAAAAAGAAAAAAAA